AUCUUUAGGAUUCCCCUUUUACAAAUGCAGGAAUGGGAUCUAAUCUAAAUCUCUUGGGUGAAAUUGAGUGUGACGCCAGCAUAAUGGAUGGAAAAUCCUUGAAUUUUGGAGCUGUUGGGGCACUGAGUGGAAUCAAGAAUCCAGUUUCUGUUGCUAACAGACUCUUGUAUGAAGGGCAAAAGGGCAAACUCUCAGCUGGUCGAAUUCCUCCUUGCUUUUUAGUUGGAGAAGGAGCCUACAAAUGGGCAAUAGAUCAUGGCAUACCCUCUUGUCCUCCUAACAUCAUGACCACAAGAUUCAGUUUAGCUGCAUUUAAAAGAAACAAGAGGAAACUAGAGCUGGCAGAAAGGGUGGAAACAGAUUUUAUUCAACUAAAGAAAAGAAGACAAUCAAGUGAAAAGGAGAAUGACUCAGGAACCUUGGACACAGUGGGUGCUGUGGUUGUGGACCAUGAAGGUAAUGUUGCUGCUGCUGUCUCCAGUGGAGGCUUGGCUUUGAAACAUCCAGGGAGAGUUGGGCAGGCUGCACUUUAUGGAUGUGGCUGCUGGGCUGAGAAUACUGGAGUUCAUAAUCCUUACUCCACAGCUGUGAGUACCUCAGGAUGUGGAGAACAUCUUGUACGCACAAUACUGGCAAGAGAAUGUUCACACGCUUUACAAGCCGAAGAUGCUCAUCAAGCUCUUUUGGAGACUAUGCAAAACAAAUUUAUUAGUUCACCUUUUCUGGCCAGUGAAGAUGGUGUGCUUGGAGGAGUGAUUGUUCUCCGAUCUUGUAGAUGUUCCAUGGAGCCUGACUCCACGCACAAUAAGCAAACCCUUCUAGUGGAAUUCCUAUGGAGCCACACAACAGAGAGCAUGUGCGUUGGAUAUAUGUCAGCCCAAGAUGGAAAAGCCAAAACUCACAUUUCAAGACUCCCACCUGGUGCAGUGGCAGGACAGUCCGUGGCAAUCGAAGGAGGGGUUUGCCGCCUGGAAAGCCCAGAGAAUUAACCCUUCAGGCUAAGCACCUAAGAGGCAUUUUAGAACCUGAGUGGUAUUUCAGAACCUGAUCAUUUUGGGAUUUUUAACUAAAAGAUAUUUUAUCUUCCUUGUUUUAUAAUUCCUGUUAUAGCCUUGUGCACCACUGGCAACACUAGUGCUGCUGUAGAUAGCUAAGCACUUAGUGACACUUGGGCCUUUGGCUAGUGAAUUGGAAGGAGAGAGAAAGAGAGAGAGAGAGAGAGAGAGAGCUUGCUUCUCCCUUGAUGAAAUAAAAACCCCUCUUUAUUGUAUAACCUGAGACCAGGAAUGAUGAAUUAUUCUUUACAAAAUGUGUGCUUUAACUGUUUACAAGUAAAAUCCAAAAAGUUGUGGGAAACAUUGUUUUAUUUCAUAAAGAAGUACCAACUGUCAUUGAUGUAAAUGCAUUAGAACUGAAGAGUAAAUCUACUUGUUUAAGUGAUUUGACAGUGGUAGUGCUCCAUGUAAUAACAGUAAUAAAUAAUAAAGUGUUUUUUAUUUGUUAACCAGUUUAAGUGGAUCUUGUGGUAACUUAAACUGUAGUACUCAUCCCUCAUAUGGGGCAUUUUUCUUUAACAAAGUAUGGUUUCAGUGAAACAAUCUAGCAGAGAAUUAAGGUCAGAACCUUUUUUAAAUAAUAGUAUUAUUGAAAAUGUUUGUUAAUUCUUCCUCAAGCUUUUCUAAGCUGAAAUACUGCAUAGCUUCAAGCUGUAUGUACUCUAUAAUGAAUGAAUAUGUAAAGAUGGCAUACAGUAGUGCACACUCUUUAAUUUGUGUAUAAUGGAAUGUUAUUUGCAAUGUAACACUGUAAAUAAGAAAGCAAAAUUUAUGGGAAAAUUCAAUAUUAUCUUUGUUUCUUGUUUAAAUAUAUUUUUAAGAUAAAGGCACAAAAUAAAAGAAACAUAUUACUGGG